AAUUAAAAUUAUUUUAGAGCGAGAGAGAGAGACAUUUUAGAAUAUAUAAUUAUUUAAAAUGGAAGAUGUAAAAAAAACGACGGAACACGAUUUAUAUUUGGCAGAAGAUGAUGAUUCUUUACACAUUGCUUCAAAGUGUUGGGAACGGGUUAUGGAUGCUGCUGCCAAGACUGGUUACAGAGAAGGAAUACAGAAUGGAGCGGACUCUGUUCUACAAGAAGGAUUUGAGAUAGGUUUUAAAGAUGGUUUUGAGACAGCUUUUACAUUGGGAAGAUAUAAAAGUCUGGCUACCAGUUUACCAUCUACUGUAAAACAUCCUGCAGACGUAACAACGGUUCUCGAUAAAACUAGACGAGGCGCAUGCUGGGUAUGCAGUAUGGAAUCGCAAAAUAAAACUUCAAAUGAGAAUAUUCAAUUUUCUGAAAUCCUAAGUAAUCAGAGAACACAUUCUGCAGCAGUAAUAAAUAGGCUAAAGGAAUACUUUGAACCAAUCUUAAAUAAACCUGGAAGUAAGACUAAUUUAACUCUUUAAAGUAGACAUAUUUUAGUAUUUGUAACACAAAUAAUGUUAGUUGAAUAAAAAAAAUUAUUUAAGUAAAUUA